UGCCAUUUUAGCUUUCAAAUUUCAAACCCCCAGUCAUACCCAACCCUACAAUUUCAAUCAAAUAUGAUCAGCUUGUGAUCGCAUCGCAAAACCCCAAUUGGGGAUAAAAAAAAAUUAGGGUUUUAGCGACUCGAUCCCAAUGCGGUUGUUCCCAUUAAACUCGAGCCCUAGCUCGAGCUCUGGCGUAGAGAAGGAGCAGACUGAUCUGAAAAGGACUCGCGCCCUUUUGUACCUCAAUGUCUACGAUCUCACCCCUGUAAAUAACUACCUCUACUGGUUUGGAUUUGGGGUCUUCCACUCUGGAAUCGAAGUGCAUGGUUUGGAGUAUGGCUUUGGAGCUCAUGAGUAUCCUAGCAGUGGAGUUUUUGAGGUGGAACCAAGGAGUUGCCCUGGCUUCAUAUUCAGAAGGUCACUCCUGCUGGGCAGCACUGAUAUGUCUCGUACAGAACUUAGGUCAUUUAUGGAACGCCUUUCUGCAAGGUAUCACGGUGAUACCUAUCAUUUAAUUGCCAAGAAUUGCAACCAUUUUACUGCUGAAGUCUGUUUGCGGCUAACUGGAAAACCUAUCCCUGGAUGGGUCAAUCGGCUGGCACGAGUAGUUUCAGGUUCUUUUUGUAAUUGUCUUCUGCCAGAAAACAUUCAAUUAUCAGCAGUCAGACAUCUUCCUGAUCAUCCGCAUUAUUCUGAACAAGAAGAAGAAGAUGAUGAUGGAUCAGAGUCAAUUGCUUCAUCCGGAACAGGAAGUGAGGAGGGUUCAAAUCAUCACCUGUUAGCUGCACCAAUCAGUGAUGUAGCUUUCGUGAAGGAAACGCCACCAGUGAGGUUAGCAAGGGAGCUCAUGUAACUCCCAUCAUUACUUGUGUGGUAUUCUUGUCUCUAUGUGUGCCUUUGUAUGAUUCUUAUGUACCACGAAACAUGUUCAGCUAUUUGAGCAUUUCCAAUCUUAGAAAUGGUUCGUUGAUUCUUAUUACAAAAAAAAAAAAAAGAAGGCCAGAGUUGCCCUGAUGGUGCUCGAGAUUCGUCUGCUGCCUGUUUUGUUCAGAAAUUUAUGUGAAUGCUCCAACCGAUAUCCAAACCAGGCAUAAAUAUGUAGUUGUUAUAUAAUCAUUCUUAAUAUAAUAGAUGUUACCUGA